CGAAAUCGACCGCAACAAUGGGUGGGGGAGACGACGAUGUCCCGGAAUUCGACCCUGUCUCGGCCCAUCCCGCCGACGAAUGGCGCAACAUGUACAUUGACAAACACAACUUACUGGAAGAAACUAUGGAGGAACUGGCUGAUUUUCGUCUGACUAGUCAAGAGAUUGAACAGGAGAUGGAGAAGGAGUUGAAGGAGAAGGAGAAGGCUGUGACGGAUCUGAAAGUGCGAACAGGCAAGAUCGAAAUCGAGCGGGACGACUGGAAGAACAAAUUUAUGAAACUUCAAGCUACUUUUAAUACAACCACGAACUCCUUGCAGCGCGAACUGGACUCGCUGCGCAAGAUGACGACUGAAUACAAGACCCAAGUCCGCGAAUUGGAAAUGGGAAACGACGACCUUGAACGGAAUGAACGAUAUGCAAAGAGUAGCUUGACGGAGAUGGAGGAGAAAUUCAACCGGGUCACAGAGGAGAAGAUCAUUCUGGAGCACGAGUUGAUGUCGAAAGCGGCACAGGAAGAGGAGCUGCAGAGGUUGAGGGAUGAACUGCGAGGCACGUCCCAAUCAUCAAUUAAUGCGAAGCUGCCCUCACACUCCAGACAGAUGCAACUCGAAACACAGUCAUCUCUCGGACCCUCGCCCGCUACCUCACCCUCCCUGCAGGGCGAGAAGGAGGAGUCUCUUUUGCACUUGGAUGACCUCACCGUCCAGCAGAAGAGGAUGUCUGCUAUGCCUCAAUCGCCGGCUGUAUCAAGCACUGCUUCAUCUCCUGCGCCAACACCACCCCCCAAGCCCUAUCCUCCACUGGCGAAUGCGAAGAUGUUGCGCAGUUCGCCCAUGUCCAAUUCACCAUCUCGUAUCCCAGCUCCGCGCAAGUCCAUGCUCGCAGAAUCGACAGCCUCAGCAGGUACCGUUUUGCCACGUACUCGGUCUGCGGCUACCCAGAUGAUGGGAGAGAUGCGCGCCCGUGUCAAAUUGCUGGAGAAUCGGUUAAAUGCACGCCGCGCAGUAUCCAACGCAUUUUCUCGCAAGAAGGAGCCUGUUGUCCCAGAGGUAGAGGGUAGCCCUGGCUGGGUCGUUCUCUCUGACACCAGUAGCGCCGCCGAUUCGUCUUCCUCGUUUGUGAAAAUUGCACCGCCGCCUCCUGCUCCUACUCGGCCUUUAUCAAGCGCGUCACGAUCGUCCACAGAAUAUGGUCGAGGAUCGUUUGAUCGCCGUCGAUCGAUUGACGUUAAGAGUCCGCCCACAUCGUAUAUUUCGAGGAUACCCGAGGAUGUUGAGCGGCCACGGCCUUCGUCACAAUCGAGCGCACCUUGGCGAACGUCGUCGCGACCCGCAAGCCAACUCGGUGAUUCGACAGCCACUAUUCGGGCGUCUGAGACACAAAGAUUCCCUUUGCGACCACCUACCCCUUCGUUUAUACCCAAACCGAAUGCGGAACAGGCCGAUGCCUCGUUCGAUCCCAAGGCGUCUCUAGGUGGCAUUAAAGCAACUAUCGGUCGCUCUCAAUCUGUACGCCGCGCUAUCUCCACCGCAUCCGGCCCGUCCCGAACGAGUUCCAAGGCAAGCGCAUCUCGGCCAGUCAGCAUCUCUAGUGUUCCGGCAGCACCUUCAAUUCCAAAGGGUCUGGAACGCAGCAUGGGAAUGAUGGACAUAUCCUCCAUUCCCAGUCCAAGUUCCAUUUCCAGCUCAGCCAGCCGUAUCGGCCGACCCUCUAGUUCUGCAGUCGGCAACGUGCGUCGCCCUGCAAGUCAACAAGCCGCUACACGAUCUCAGACGCCACUGGGCUACGGCAGCUACGGCAGCUACGACCGCGAUGACGAGCAAGAGCUCGGAGUCGGAAGUGUGAAAGAGCCGCUUCCCGGUAUUGGGCUUGGAAGGGCCAAAGCGAAGGCAAGAAUACCCAGUGGAAACCGGACUUGAAUACCCUCCAGCGUCAUCAGAGUCAUACCCCUAUACACUCCUUAUAGAUACGACCCAUGUUUCUGCCCUCUGUUGUACUCUA